AUGGGGCUCCGCAUCACGACGUGGAACGUGAAUGGCAUUCGUAAUCCAUUCUCGUACGAGCCAUGGAGGGGAACUCGGACUUUUGAGGCCAUGUUCAAAAUUCUGGAAUCAGACAUUGUCGUUUUCCAGGAAACUAAAAUUCAGCGGAAAGACCUUCGCGAUGACAUGGUCUUAGUUCCAGGUUGGGACUGCUAUUUCAGCCUACCUAGGGUGAAAAAGGGAUAUUCUGGAGUCGUAAUCUAUACGCGGAACGAGACCUGUGCUCCAAUUCGUGCCGAAGAGGGGAUUCUUGGUACACUCUGCCCUCCAAAUUCAACAAUCCCAUAUCGAGACCUCCCAGGAGACCGGCAGAUUGGGGGAUAUCCAACUCUUGACCAGUUGCGAGUACCCGCAACUGUGGAUUCAGAGGACCAAGACGGAGAAUCAGAUGUGGAAAAGGCGCCAGAAGAGCCGAUUGAUCCGGCAGUCCUCGACUCGGAGGGAAGAUGUGUUGUACUUGAGUUUCAGGCCUUCGUUCUUAUCGGGGUGUACUGUCCAGCCAAUCGCGACGAAAGCCGUGAUAUGUUUCGGCUCAGCUUUUUGAACGCACUUGAUGCGAGGGUCCGCAAUCUUGUUGCCAUGGGAAAACGCGUUUUUGUGACAGGUGACAUCAACAUAGCGAAACAGGCUAUCGAUUCUGCCCAUGCUCUUGAGGCAAUUCGCAAAAAUACCGCUACGGAGGAUGAAUACGUAUCAACUCCAUCGCGCAGGCUCUUCAAUCAAUUGCUUGACAACGGCAAAGUCAUCGGCUCUCGCGAUGAAGGUAGAGGCCAGCCAGUGAUGCAUGACAUUUGCAGAUCGUUUCAUCCUGACCGCAUUGGCAUGUAUACCUGCUGGGACACCAGGCUCAAUACCCGACCUGGCAACUUCGGUGCUCGGAUAGAUUAUGUGCUUUGCACACUCGACAUGAAGGACUGGUUUGCAGAUUCCAAUAUUCAAGAAGGGUUGAUGGGUUCGGAUCACUGUCCUGUUUAUGCCGUGUUCAAGGACAGAGUACCGUACAAGGGAGACUUGGUACAUACUCUGGACUUGAUGAAUCCACCGGGUGUUUUCAAGAACGGUGAGCGCCAGCAGGAAUAUACAUCUCAAUGGAUGCUACCUGAGUCUGGUCGCCUACUGCCUGAGUUCAAUGUCGACAAAAGGCAAAGCAUCAAGGAUAUGUUUGCGCGGAAGCCCACUCCUGCUCUUCAUCGAGCCUCAUCCACGGCCACUACCACCAAUAAAUCAACACCCCCAGAGACAGUGACUCCCGCAAUAAAAAAAUCAGCGGUGGUUCAGACAGUGUCUGUUCCCGCUUCUCCGGGCCAGAAACGUACCUCGGACAUUUCGUCGCGGAAGAGGUCGCAGCCUCUUUCGACUGCACCAAUAAAGCGCUCGAGAUCAUCAGUAAAUCAGGCCUCUUUGAGUACUGCGACGGGCCAAAAAACCCUCAAAGGAUUCUUCAAGGCGAAAUCAAUGGGUGAGAAGAAUGACAAGACGCCCUCCGAGACGAUGACUGAAGAAAAGUCUCAAACAACUUUCGACGGAGCCUCGUCCCCACAAAAGCAAAAUGGCCCUUUCGAAAUCAAUGCUGGAGGCUCUCGCACCGCCGAAACUCCGACAGAGCCGCAGUCCUCUCAAGUCAGCAUAUCAUCAGCGCAAUCUUCGCCCCAAAAAUCGCAGACCGGCACAUUUAUCGAUCCCAUUGUCAACAAGGAAGACUGGGGCAAGCUCUUUGCGAAGAAACCGGCCCCUCGAUGUGAUAGCCACCAAGAGCCGUGUAUCACUCUCACUACCAAGAAACCAGGAAUGAAUUGUGGUCGAGCAUUCUGGAUCUGCCCGCGACCACUGGGUCCCAGUGGUGAGAAGGAAAAGGGCACGCAGUGGCGGUGUCCCACGUUCAUUUGGGCGAGUGACUGGAACUCGAGCUUACAGGCAGACUAA